UUUUCCUGUCAUUGGUACUUUGACUGCUAAAGCAAAGAAAUGCUUCAGAAAGGAUGGACCUCGAGGUUACCCCCUUGGUGAUGAGCCAGACGAGGUCUUUGACGUCACUGACGACAGGAUGUCAGAUACAGACACCGUUGUGACCCAGCUCCUGGAGCCAGCAAGGAAACUCACAAAGUCGAUGGUCACCAUUCUUGAUCUAGGAUCCGGAGCAGGAUGUUUAACUAGAGCGUUGCGCAGGCAUUUCCCAGACGCAGAAAUAUACGGUGUUGACUACAGCGAAGUUGCAACAACCAAAGCCAUUGCAGCCGCCAAAGCUGAAGGCAUCAAAAACGUGAAGUUUCUAAAAGAGGACGCGACAUCUUUACCCGCAGACUGGAAAGGCAAGUUUGACUGGGUGAUCUUGUAUGACCUUCUUCAUGAUCUGGCUGAUCAUGUUAGUGUCAUGAAGGAGGUUAAUCGCGUCUUGAAGGACGGAGGUGUCGCAUCCAUCACGGACCCGGAAGUACACAGUAACCACAGGGAUAACGUCGGUGAUAGUUACGUGGCAGGUGUGGGAUACGCCCUUAGUUCCGUAUCAUGUCUCCCACGCAGUGUGGCGAUAGAAGGUGGAGCUGGAUACGGCGUAGGUUGGGGAACCGAAAACAAAAAAAGUUUUUAACCGGUUCUGGCUGGCAUGUUAAGGACA